AUGGUGGAACCAUCUGGUUGCGUCGAUGGUCUGUUUAAUGUGUGUGUUUAUUGUGAGAAUCAGCUGAAGGAUAGGCGUCUACCCAAAUAUGCGAUCAGGAAUCAGCUGUUCCAUGGAGCCUUACCUGCCUACUUUAAGGACAUCACAUGGGUGGAGGAGAUGGUUUGUUCGAUAUAUCGAUGUACUGCUCAUGUUUCUCAUCUUUAUGGUUCUCCUGAUCCAGCGCAGCCUCAAGUAUUCUAUGGUAACACUUGUGCUCAUGAUGUUAAUUUGGUUUCCACUGUGAGCGUGUUGCCCAGAACACCGUCCGAUAUAAAGGAUAUGCUUAGCGUGAUUUUCGUAGGUCCACGUCCAUCCAUAAAGUCCUGUUUGAAGACGCUGUUUUAUAUUUGGAAGAAAAAGGUUUGGCACUUGUGCAAUAUCUCUGUAAGCACAAUCGAUUGUAUCAUGACAUUGAACUGA